CCAUGUUGUCUGUUGUCAGUAGACCACUAAGCAGUCUGAGAGUUUCCGGUGCAUUGCCCAAAGCUACAGUCGCAAUGGCAGACGCUCUGGCUAAAAUCCCCGAUGUGGAGAUUGAUCCAGAGGGAACCUUUAAGUACAUACUGGUCAGAGUAGCGGUGAAAGAUGGCGGUGUGCAUAAAGACAUAGUCCGAGGCACAAAAAGUGCAGAAUAUCACAAUCAUAUUUUUGAAAAGGUCAGUCCAGCUAUGGAGGCCUUGGGGAUGGAGUGUAAAUGCCUUGGAGGAGGGAAGAUAGAGCACAACAGCCAAGACAAAAAACUAAGGGUGUUUGGAGAAUCAACUGCCUUUGGCAAAGCAGACCACUCUGUGUCUGUAGAGAAGCUGAAGACUGCCUUCAGGAACUAUGAGAUCACCUUUUCUGAUGACAAAAAAUAGUCUAAACCUGCAUUUCAUUUCAAAUGUCUGCCUUUAUUUGUCACUUCCAAAAAUGAAAAACCACAGAGUAAUGUUUUGAUCCUGCUGUAAAACCAUGAUUUAAUUUAAAUAUACAAACCUGCAUUCAACUGUUUGCCUCUGAUUCCGUGAAAUCAAAAAUACUGAAAAGAAACAAUGACUUGGAACUCAAAGGCUAGAUGCAGUUUUAGCAUGUUCACUCUCCUAAUGUGUGAAGGAUGUGGAAUGAAAACAUUACCCUCCUUAAAAUAGAAUGAUUCACUUCUUACUUUUACUUUUUAAAUCAGCUUAAACAGAAUUUGAGGCCAUGUGCCAAGUGUAAAGUCCAUACAGGAAGGAGUGAGCCAGUCUGAAUCACUAGCCUAUCCUGUUAUCCUUAGGGAAAAUUUCUUCUUUAAAAGGUAGAGGCCGAUAAGGGCUUUUUCACCAUGACUCUCAUGAUUAUGCUUUCACUUGGGUGUUAUGUUAAGAAAAGAUAAAUACCAAAUAA